CUCCUCCCAAGGGUUGCAAGAAGCCAACGGCAUUUGGGUUGAAAAGAAGACUUGGCCUUUUGAUUGAGUUGCCUUUUUAACGACCGGAUCGUCUUUUGGAUCUCUUGGGUCUCUUUUAUCACACUCCCCCCCUCCGGCUUUGUCGUUGAAGGCUCUUCAGGGCUGCGCGAUGCUUGGUCUCCUGGGCGGCUGGGUCUUCCCGGCGGCUGCCUGCCAAGCGCCCGAAAGCCAGGCGAGGUACGAGAACCUCUUCCAGAAACUCGACCGCAACCAGGAUGGCCGAGUGGACAUCGCCGAGCUGCAAAGCGGCCUUAAGGAGCUGGGCAUCCCUCUGGGAGACGAGGCCGAGAAGAAAAUUUUCAGAGCUGGCGACACUAAUCAGGAUGGAAGACUGGACUUUGAAGAAUUUACACAUUAUCUUAAAGACCAUGAGAAGAAAAUGAAACUUGCAUUUAAAAGUCUGGACAAAAAUAAUGAUGGUGUAAUUGAAGCCUCAGAGAUUGUUCAGUCCCUGAAGAUAUUGGGCAUAGAUGUUUCUGAAAAACAGGCGGGCAAGAUUCUUCAAAGGUGUUAGAUAUUGGAGAUAGUUUAACUAUCCCUGAUGAAUUCACCGAAGAAGAGAAAAAGACCGGCCAGUGGUGGAAACAGCUUUCGUCAGGCGCAGUAGCUGGGGCUGUGUCUCGAACAGGCACCGCACCCCUGGAUCGUCUCAAAGUUAUGAUGCAGUAUAAGAAAAUGUUUGUUAACGAAGAAGGAAAAGUAGGAACUAUUGAACGAUUUAUAUCUGGUUCUAUGGCUGGAGCAACAGCACAGACAUCUAUUUAUCCCAUGGAGCAAUGGUGGAAAGUGGCCCUCAGCUAAACAUGGUUGGCCUUUUCCAAAAAAUUAUUGCCAAAGAAGGAUUCUUUGGACUAUACAGAGGCAUCGCCCCAAACUUCAUGAAGGUCCUUCCUGCUGUCAGCAUCAGUUACGUGGUGUAUGAAAAGAUGAAGGAAAACUUGGGAAUAGCAUAAAAGAAAGAGACGCCACAUGAGAGACUCAAGGAUGGAAUCCUCUUGGAGGCUAAAUUCAUGUUUACAAUGAGCUACAAUUCCUCUAUGCAAAAAUUCUGCAAGUCUUAACUUUAUGAAGUCUUGGUGGAAUAAAAACGAAUGUGUUUUCUGAAUAUCGCUAGGUAAUGAGAAAAUUGUCAAGAAAUAUUUCAUUGCUCAUGUAGCUGCUUGUUGGAAAAGUUUGAGGAUGUCAUAAUUAUUUUCCCAACAUAUAUAUUAUUGCGUUAAAGCUAUACAAACACUCUGUAAUGAUAAUUUGCAUUUGAUUGUCUGGUGGGCAAUUUUAUGAUCAUUCUGAAAACUCACUAUUAUUUUGCAGGUAUCUCUUGUUCAUAAUUCUUUUCUUUUUUGUUAAGCUUCUUUUAUAAACGAAAAAUGAUUCAGAAAGUCAUAAAAUGUAGCAUUGAUACAUUUAUUUGUUCAAUUCCCCUUAUAACAAAUGAACAGAAAGCGCUUGAAAUGAAACGAAUGUAUUUGCACAUUGAUUAGUCAUAUAUAUAUAGAACAUGCCUAUGUGGGAUCUGUUUUUCCAAACAUUAAUCUUGGAAAAUUGAUGAGGAUAGGGACCAAUCCAGACACAUGGAACUGACAUAUUAAUCGAAGUGAAAGUUACUGCUAUUUACAAAAGAUUAAUAACUGAUACAGUUUGCGUGCUUGUUCAACCUUCUCUUCCUGAUUUAUAUGAAUGGAAGUAAUCAAGACACAUGUUUAACUUAGCAAGUAUUACUAUCCUUAAAACAAUUAUCUAAUUUGUUAAAAAGUUUCUUAAAUGUCUUCUUUUUGUAUCCUCCCAUCUUCCACAGUUGCUGAUCAAAUCCCAUGCUUUUCAGUGCUGAUGAGUUCCUUAGCUGGAUUUGUUUUCUCUUCCGAGACAGAAAAUUCUUGUGUUUUCUUUUAUUACCCAAAGGAAGGGAAAAAAAGAAUAUUCUUACAUUUUCCUUCUCAUUUAAAUUCCUUUCUCUCAAUAACACUUGAACCAUCUUUUCCUCUCUGCAGUGAUACUUAAUCCAGGUUUCAAUCUUAAUCCAGGUCUGUUAAAAUUCAGUGGUCUCCAACCUUGGC